AUGCCUGCUCGUAUAUCCUUGUUAGACUUGCUCAUGCAUUCGGCAUCACACAGAAAGUUGCUAAUGAAGAUACUCAGUGAGGCUCACGUGGAGCAAGGUAUUUCGUUGAAUAAAUUCGAGGGUAUUGUUGGCAAUAUUGUUGCUAAUAAUUAUCUUACCUUUACGGAUGAUGAGAUACCAGCUGAGGGAAGAAGGCAUAACAAGGCUCUUCACGUCUCUGUGAAAUGCCUGGAUCAUGUUAUUGCGCGUGUUUUAGUGGACAAUGGGUCCUCCUUGAAUGUCAUGCCGAAAGCAACUCUAGAAAACCUACCUUGCGAAGGAAUGCAUAUGAGGCCUAGUUCAAUGAUUGUGAGGGCGUUUGAUGGUAGCAAACGAGAAGUGAUGGGAGAGGUGGAAUUACCAAUACAAGUUUGCCCGUGUGUCUUUCAAAUAACAUUCCAAGUUAUGGAUAUCCUGCCAGCUUAUAGUUGUCUGCUGGGGCGCCCAUGGAUCCAUUCGGCUGGAGUUAUGCCUUCUACACUACACCAGAAGUUGAAGUAUGUGACGGGAGAUAAGCUGGUGAUAGUAUCAGGAGAAGAGGAUCUUCUUGUGAGUGGACCAUCAUCCACGCGCUACAUCGAGGCGGCUGAAGAGGCUCUCGAGACAGCCUUACAAUCGUUGGAAAUCGUGGGAAAUGCUUGUGUGGAACCGUUUCCAAUAAAUCCUCGUCUAUCAUGUGCUUCUAUUAUGAUGGCCAAGAUUAUGAUAAAAGAGGGCUAUGUAUAUGGGGAAGGUUUGGGAAAAUAUCGGCAGGGGCGAGCAUUCCCUCUUGAAAUCGUUGAAAACAAGAACAGAUAUGGCUUGGGGUACAAACCUACCAAGGAAGACCGGAAAAGGAUGAUUGAAGAAAGAAAAGAGCGCAGUCUGGCCCGUGUAGAAAGACGAGGGCCCAGAGAGAGCAAAAUUCACAUUGUUGACAUCAAGGAAAGCUUCCGCAGUGCUGGGUGGAUCAAUGCUGACCAGAUAGCAGCUGUGGAGGAUGAAGAAGGGCCUCAAAGUUUGAGCUUUGUGUGGGCUUGCUCCCCUGAUACUCAACUCAACAAUUGGGAAACACUUGAUUUACCUGUGAUGCUUAAUGUGAACAAAAUAUGUGACAAUGAUUGUUUUGAAAAUAACGAUAUCAAUGUUCCUAAUUUUGAGCACCCUAUCAAUAAUACGGAAGAUGAUUUCGAAGAUAAUGUGGAACCCUCUCCGGAAUUGUUGAGAUUAGUGGAACAAGUAUCUAAGGAGAUAAAACCCCAUCAGGAGGAGAUUGAAAUACUCAACUUGGGAGAGAAGGAUGAGAUAAAGGAGGUGAAAAUCGGUACUAGUAUGAAAACGGAAGUGAGGGAAAGAUUGCGUGUCCUGUUGAAGGAGUUUAAAGAUGUGUUCGCGUGGUCUUACAAUGACAUGCCAGGUCUAGAUACCAAUAUUGUGCAGCAUAGGCUCCCACUCAAGCCGGAAUGCCCUCCAGUCAAGCAAAAACUGAGAAGAAUGAAGCCAGAAAUGUCCCUAAAAAUUAAAGAAGAGGUCCAAAAGCAAUUUGACGCAGGAUUUUUGGCUGUGGCAAGAUACCCACAAUGGGUAGCGAAUGUGGUACCAGUGCCUAAGAAGGACGGGAAAGUUCGGAUGUGUGUUGAUUAUCGUGAUUUGAAUCGUGCAAGUCCGAAAGAUAAUUUCCCGUUACCACACAUCGAUACUCUGGUUGAUAAUACGGCCAAAUUUUCGUUAUUUUCGUUCAUUGAUGGAUUCUCGGGAUAUAAUCAAAUUAAAAUGGCACCGGAAGAUAUGGAAAAAAUGACCUUUAUCACGUUAUGGGGAACAUUCUGUUAUAAGGUGAUGUCUUUCAGACUCAAGAAUGCUGGGGCAACAUACCAAAGGGCAAUGAUGACACUUUUUCAUGAUAUGAUGCAUAAGGAAAUUGAAGUUUAUGUGGAUGACAUGAUUGCAAAGUCGGAAUCAGAAGAGGAGCAUAUUUUCAAUCUAAGGAAAUUAUUUGAGAGACUGAGAAAGUACAAACUCAGGUUAAAUCCUGCCAAAUGCACGUUUGGAGUAAAGUCUGGAAAAUUGUUGGGCUUUAUUGUCAGCCAAAGAGGGAUAGAAGUUGAUCCUGACAAAGUAAGAGCGAUAACGGAAAUGCCUGCGCCCAGAACAGAAAAGGAGGUUCGAGGUUUUUUGGGAAGAUUGAACUACAUUGCUAGGUUCAUCUCCCAAUUAACUGCUACUUGUGAACCAAUGUUCAAGUUACUACGGAAAAAUCAGGCCGUAGUCUGGAAUGAAGAUUGUCAAGUUGCUUUUGAAAAGGUCAAACAAUACCUGCAAGACCCUCCUGUAUUGCGUCCACCUAUGCUAGGAAGACCGCUCAUUUUGUAUUUGACCGUAUUGGACAAUUCAAUGGGUUGUGUAUUGGGUCAGCAUGAUGAAGACGGAAAAAGAGAGCAUACUAUAUAUUACUUGAGCAAGAGAUUCACAGAUUGCGAACAACGAUAUUCGUCGUUAGAGCGAACUUGUUGUGCACUGGCGUGGGCUGCUCAUCGUUUAAGGCAAUACAUGUUGAGUCACUCUACUUGGUUGAUAUCUAAAAUGGAUCCUAUCAAGUACAUUUUCGAAAAGCCCGCUCUCACUGGAAGGAUAGCUCGAUGGCAGAUGCUACUAUCGGAGUACGACAUUGUAUAUGUUACUCAGAAAUCUAUCAAGGGUAGCGCUUUAGCAGAAUUUUUAGCCCAUCAACCCAUUAAUGACUAUCAGCCAAUGCAACCUGAGUUUCCUGAUGAAGAUAUCAUGGCUUUAUUUGUUGAGAACAAAGAGGACAAAAAUGAAAAAGCCUGGACGGUAUUAUUCGAUGGGGCCUCGAAUGUAAUGGGGCAUGGAAUAGGGGCAAUGCUUAUCUCUCCUAAAAAUCAAUACAUUCCAAUGACGGCAAGGUUGUGUUUUAAUUGCACGAAUAAUAUCGUAGAAUAUGAAGCCUGUGCUAUGGGUAUUCGAGCAGCAAUAGAGUCUAAAGCAAAAAUUCUGGAUGUAUAUGGAGAUUCAGCUUUGGUCAUCCAUCAAUUGAAGGGAGAAUGGGAGACUAGGGAUACAAAAUUAAUUCCAUACCAAGCUUACAUCAGGGGAUUAAUUGAGUAUUUCGAUUCCAUCACGUUUAAUCAUAUACCACGAGAAGAUAAUCAAUUAGCAGACGCGUUGGCUACCUUGUCAUCGAUGUUUGAAGUUGAUCAAGAUGCAGAAUUGCCAAUGAUUGAAAUGAAGAGUCAUGCGGAACCAGCGUAUUGUCAUUUCAUCGAGGAGGAAGUAGAUGAGAAGGCAUCCGAAAACGAUAAAAGGGCGUUAAGGAGGUUGGUUGGCAACUUCAUUUUGAGUGGGGAUAUUUUAUAUAAGAGGAAUCAUGACAUGGUUCUCCUUAGAUGCGUAGAUGCAAAAGAAGCCGAACUGAUACUAAAAGAAGUGCACGAGGGUACAUUUGGCACGCACAUGAAUGGGCAUUCAAUGGCCAGGAAGAUAUUGAGAGCAGGGUAUUUUUGGUUGACUAUGGAAAAUGAUUGUUGUACACAUGUGAGAAAGUGUGAGAAAUGCCAGGUGUACGCAAAUAGUAUCAAUGUGCCGCCCACGACCUUGAAUGUGUUGUCUGCGCCAUGGCCCUUUUCGAUGUGGGGAAUAGAUGUCAUCGGAGCUAUAGAGCCAAAGGCGUCAAAUGGACACCGUUUCAUAUUAGUCGCAAUCGACUACUUCACCAAGUGGGUUGAGGCUGCUUCUUAUGCUAAUGUGACUAGAAAGGUGGUGACCAAGUUCAUAAAAAGGGAGUUGAUUUGCAGAUAUGGGCUCCCUAAUAGGAUCAUCACUGAUAAUGCCACUAACUUGAACAACCAGAUGAUGACAGAGUUAUGUGAGGAGUUCAAAAUUCAUCAUCUUAAUUCUUCUCCUUAUCGUCCAAAGAUGAAUGGGGCAGUAGAAGCUGCUAACAAAAAUAUCAAGAAGAUUGUGCAGAAAAUGGUGGUCACAUAUAAGGAUUGGCAUGAAAUGCUUCCUUUUGCUUUACAUGGUUAUCGCACUUCGGUACGAACAUCGACUGGGGCAACGCCUUUCUCGCUUGUAUAUGGAAUGGAAGCAGUACUUCCGUUUGAAGUGGAAAUUCCGUCUUUACGAGUUUUAAUGGAAACCCAAUUAGAAGAGGCUGAGUGGGUUCAAGCUCGUUUCGACCAGCUCAAUCUCAUUGAUGAGAAAAGAUUAACAGCAGUAUGCCAUGGACAAUUGUACCAAAGAAGAAUGAAGAAGGCAUUUGACAAAAAGGUACAUCCAAGAGAAUUUCAUGAAGGUGAGCUGGUGUUGAAGAAGAUUCUACCUAUACAAAAAGAUCAUAGAGGCAAAUGGACUCCGAAUUAUGAAGGGCCAUUUGUAGUAAAGAAAGCAUUUUCUGGUGGGGCACUAAUUCUCACGAGAAUGGAUGGAGAGGAGUUACCAUUGCCAGUUAAUUCUGAUGCAGUAAAAAAGUUUUACGCAUGA